AUGUUCACUAGGCGAGAGGGGGUGGGGGUAUCGGUGGCCAGAGCUGGUCUGCUCAUCAAAGCUGAUCUGCCAUAUUCAUUCGGCCACCAGAACCAUUCUCUUUUGAACAUGGUGGAUCGUCUCCAAGGCAUCUCAAGCACUCUUACGCAGAAGCUGUGGCUUACAAUUGUAAAUGUUACCACGUUACGUAGCACCUUCAUCACGGAGCAAACAGGAGGAUUCAGGACGGCAAAAUGUUAA